AUGGAGCUCUGGAGGAUUUGCAGGCUGUUUCUGCUUGCUGCUUUGGUUUCAGGAAUUUGUAUUUUGGGUUGUGAGGGAGAGGAUUCAGAUUAUAUGUCAGCUCUUGGAGAUCCUGGAAUGAAAAGAGAUAGUCUUAGGGUCGCCAUUGAGUCCUGGAAUCAAUGCAAUGAAGUCGGUGAAGAAGCUCCGAACUCGGGAAGUCCCAGAAUGGCAGAUUGCUUUAACCUUAUUGAUCAAGGUCAGACAAUUUAUCCUGUGAAGCAUUUGGUGGAUGAGAAAGACAACAGGCUUGGAAUAUUGAACGUCUCCUAUGCAGGAAUAAAGACAAAAAGUGUUGAUAGAUAUGCUGCAAAGAAAGAAAUCUACUUGGGAAACAAAUGUCAAGUGGACGACAGGCCGAGGCCAUGGCAAUUUUGGAUGGUGAUGCUCAAGAGUGGUAACACAGACACAUAUGCUUCAAGGUGCCCCAAAAAUGGAGAGAGAUAUGGGCCAUUUCCAAUGGAAUCUCGGUUUCCGUGCUUCGGCGAUGGCUGCAUGAACAUGCCAUUGAUGUAUCACAACUAUACCCGUCUGAUAGGGGACAAUAACAGUAGCUUAAAGGGUAGUUUUUAUGGGACAUGGGAUUUGGAUGCUAAUGUUACUGAUGGAGUGUUACCCGGAAAUGGCACUUCUUAUUAUAGUGUCACUUGGGAGAAGGAUAUUGGGAAAGGGAGUUGGAUUUAUCACCAUUUGUUGAAGACAUCACCAAAAUAUCCAUGGCUGAUGCUUUACUUGAGGGCUGAUGCCACUACAGGAUUCUCUGGAGGUUACCAUUACCAGACCAGGGGAAUGCUGAAAAUAGUUCCACAGUCACCCAACUUCAAGGUGAAAUUCAGAUUAGACAUAAAGCAAGGAGGGGGUCCACAUAGCCAAUUUUACCUGAUGGACAUCGGAAGCUGUUGGAAGAACAAUGGCCAGCCUUGUGAUGGGAAUGUGACUUCAGAUGUUACUCGUUACAGUGAGAUGAUUAUAAAUCCUGAAGUAGGAUAUUCCUGGUGCAAACCUGAUGAUUUUAAACACUGUCCACCUUAUCACACGCUUCCGAACAGGACCCGCAUCAAUCGGACAGAUGUGGAAAACUUCCCAUAUGAUGCUUAUCAUGUUUACUGCUCUCCAGGAAAUGCUGAGUAUCCUGAGGAGCCAUUCAAUCUCUGUGAUGCAUUUAGCAAUCCUCAACCUCAGGAAAUCCUGCAGAUUCUGCCACACCCGGUUUGGGGCAACUACGGAUACCCAACAAAGAGAGGCGAGGGUUGGAUCGGUGAUCCGAGGACCUGGGAGCUUGAUGUUGGAAGAUUAUCUCAAUCACUUUACUUCUAUCAGGAUCCUGGUGCAGAACCUCUAAAGAGACACUGGCCAUCAAUAGACUUGGGGACUGAAAUUUAUGUUAGUAGUCAGGAACAAGUUGCAGAAUGGACUGUUAGUGAUUUUGAUGUUUUAGUACCAAAAGAAUGA